AUCAGCUGGUUCACUUAUACACGUCUCGGAAUUUUCAUCUCUUGUCAUUUUAUUUUCUUAAUGUUUCAAAUUAACUUAAUUCAAGGAUUGAAGUGAUUUUAAAUAUUUUCAGAUUUAAUUGGGAAUCUUUGUGAGGAUAAAGAUGAAAAUAGUCUUUAUUCAUCCCGAUCUUGGUAUCGGUGGAGCUGAAAGGCUUGUCGUCGAUAUGGGAUUAUCUCUUCAAAGGAAAGGUCAUACUGUCCAUUAUCUGACAGCUCAUCAUGAUCCAAGCCACUGUUUCUCUGAGAUCAAAAAUGGAACCUUGAAAGUGACCGAAGUUGGUGGUAGUUUACCUGCUAAUAUUUUCGGUGUUUUCAUGGCGCUUUGUGCUUAUCUUCGGAUGAUUUUCAUCGCUUUCUCUCUCUUAUUAAGGCCUAAAUUUUCCUCUCUUGUAGAUUGUGAUCUAAUCAUUUGUGAUCAAGUUUCAGCUCAAAUACCGUUUCUUAAGAUGCUUUAUUUGUUUAGGUCUGAAAGACCAAAGAUAAUUUUCUAUUGUCAUUUUCCUGAUCAACUGUUGACAACCCGAACCAAUUUCCUUAAGAAAGUCUACCGAGCACCAAUUGAUUGGUUCGAGGAGAAAACUACUGGAAUGGCCGAUUGUAUUCUGGUCAAUUCUCAUUUUACAGCUUCUGUUUUUCGUGAUACCUUUAAAAGUUUGGACUCCGUUGAGCUUCAAGUUCUUUAUCCAGUUUGUAACUUUUCGGCCUUUGAUCGACCUGUCAAAGGUCUUGGGCCAUCCGAAAGUUUUCCUCGUCUUUCCAAACAAGUCUCAACCAUUUUCCUUUCACUUAAUCGGUAUGAGGCCAAAAAGAGAGUUGAACUUGCCAUUUUAGCCUUUGCCGCUCUCAAGAAAAAACUAUCAACUCAAGAAAAGUUUACCGGGACCAUUCAUCUAAUCGUAGCCGGAGGUUAUGAUCCAAAUCAAAUUCAAAAUGUUGAAUAUCACCAAGAACUUCAAUCAUGUGCUAAAGAAUUGGAGUUGGAAGAUGAGGUCACCUUUUUGAAAUCACCUUCGGACGAUGAUAAACAUCUUCUUCUGCACAGUUGUACUGCGGUGCUUUACACCCCAGAGAAUGAGCAUUUUGGAAUAGUUCCACUUGAGGCCAUGUACAUGGGUCGACCUGUUAUCGCUUGCAAUUCUGGUGGCCCGUUAGAGACAGUUCGAGAUGGUGAAACAGGUUAUCUUUGUAGACCAGAGGCAUCUCAUUUUGCUGAGAAAAUGUACAACUUUGUGACGGACAAAAGUUUAUCUCGAGAAAUGGGUCGAGAGGGUCGUGAACAUGUUAAGAAAAAUUUCUCGAUUCAAAGAUUCGAUGAACAAAUAGCAAGUGUAAUAAACAAAUUGGUUUGUCAAUAAAAUUUAUGCAAAGAAUCCUAAA